AUGGCUGCUGCUACCGCCACGCCCUCUCCCAAUCCCACACAAAAACGCAAUGUAUCUCGUCGAAUAAGGGCCGUGGGCCGCCGUCGGCGUGCAGGAGAGGAAGACAUCAGCGAAGGCGGCGCCAACAGCGCAGUGGAGUUGGUUAACGACGACUCGCUUACAGAAGGCUCUAUCGCCAGCGAUGAGCAAGACGCGGUGCACGAUAGUGAUACCAGUAAUGUGGACGAUGCAUCACCAACCGUUCCGGCACACGACAAACGACCGGUUGCUCGGACAGGCGGAGGACAAGGAAAUGCGCGUGGCAAUGGGGCAACCGGCGGAUCCGCACUGCGAACACCGGCCAAUGCGGCAGACAGCCCCGUGGAUGCAGCCGCAAAGGCGUCCUCGACAUCCGCUCCUUCGAGCCAGCCACAAUCUACGGCACCUUCCGUCAAACAGCCCCAGCCUGCCAUUGUUUCGUCGUCGUCAGUUCAACCGCCUCGGCGGGAGACGGCCUACGAUCGACAACGUCGGGAACACGACCUCUACAAACAGCGGAGAGACGAAGAUCCUUCAUUUGUGCCGAACCGAGGUGCCUUCUUUAUGCACGAUCAUCGCGGUGCUGGCCCUGCUGCCAAUGGCUUCCGACCGUUCGGUAGGCCCGGACGAGGUGGUCGCCGUGGCGGCUUUGGUGGAUCGUUCUCCCCUAUGCAGUAUGUCACGUUUUGUAGUGUCUCUGUUUUGUUGUCACAUCAUGCGCAAAAUGCAUCGCUAACUCUCCUCAGUAAUCAAUUCCACAAUCAGGCCGAUCCCAUUGCCAGUCAACCGUGGACUCAUGACAUGCACGAAGCGGUCACGCAACCGAACCCAUCACGCCUGUCGAUCCCCCGCCGCCAAAAUUAUGACGCUGUCAACCAGUACGCGAACAGCCAGUACGCUGGGAGUCAGUAUGCCGAAAGUCAAUACGCUGGGAGUCAGUAUGCUGGGAGCCAGUAUGCCGGAAGCCAAUAUGGUGGCAGCCAAUUUGGUGGCACCCGCGUUCCUCCCCCCGUGACCGUCAUUCCGACAUGUCCACCGAGCUCCACGCCCAUCAACAGGUCCAUGUCGGUCGAGAAGCCACUGGGUAUCGUGACCGUCCGCGUUUUCUUCCCGCCGAUGAAGGAGCCCGCCUUUUUUGAAAAGUUCAAGGCUAUGCAAUAUACCAAACUACCAGACCACCGGCCCCCGCUGCGGCGAGACAAGGCUGUUGUCAUCGAUUUGCCAGGCCAUCCAAAACGGCAAAUCUUUCCAGCAGUAGACCGGUCGUUUAUUUUUAUUCCUCGCGCAUUGCGACCCAAUCAGCAGCGCACCCGCGGUGGUCGCAACAAGUCUGUUAUGGGCUCCGUGUCGGGUUUCUCGCGCCGCACAAGUGUCUUUGGUGGAAGCUAUUACAACGGCAGCAUGUAUUCCCCCAGUGUCGCUCUUAGUCGUCGUUCGUCUAUUGCCCAAGACACCGGGAGGGACUUCAUUAUAUCACCAGCCGGCUCGGUUAUUUCCCGCCCGCCCAUGGCGAUGGAAAACACAGCCCGUCCGGUCGUGCGUCUACCGCCUGCCGCUGGACCCCCUGUUCAGCCUGUUGGUAUGCCGGUGGGCAUACCCGUUGCAGCUGUGCCCGGGCCCAUGAUCGUUCCUGCAAUGGAGCUUGCCCCCAUUCCCAUGCCCUCCUAUCCCCAGCAACAGCCUCCAUAUGCCCCCCUGCCGGCAGCACCGGCUGUGAACCCACAGCCGAACCAGCAACCAUCGCAAGGGCCUCCCCCUUCACCUUCGCGGCCCAGUUCUCAAAAGCCUGGGCAAUCACAGCCUGCCCCACCGGCCCAGGCGUCUGAGGAGUCACAGCCACCGCAGCCUCCUCAACCGACUCAAUCUUCCCAGCCAUCUCAAACAUCGCAGCAAUCACAGCCCUCACAGCCCUCCCAACCAUCCCAGUCUCACCAGCCUUUGGAGACUUCUUCGCUCAGUAGCGUCCCACCGCCUCAGCACCAUCCACUGCCGCAAAAGCCGACGUUCCAAGAAAACCGGCCAAGUCUCAGUUUGCCUAUGCACCAACCCCGGCCGCAGAAAGCUGUUUCCGUCGAAAAUAUCGAAUCCCCCGCCGCGCUUGGUGCCAUGCAGCCUUCAGCGCCGCAGCCGUACUCUAUGGCAUUCCACCAGCAGGUGCCUAUUUCGAUGCCGUCUGGCUACCCGCCCGCUGAAUCGCACUCGCGGCAUCCAUCAUAUCAAUCCCACACCACUGGCACGCCUUUAUCACAAAUUCCCGAACGGGCCAUCCACGCUGCUCCUUUCCAGCCAAACAUGCCAGGCCAGCAACAGAUGUCAUACCCGCAGCAAAACAACAUAGGCACGCCUGGCGGGCCAGCGUAUUACGCCGGCGCCCCAGGUAGUUAUGUCAUGCAACCUGCGCAGCAGCAAGGCUACUACUACGCCACUCCAACGACGUACUCGUCAACUAUGCCCUCCGGAGCCAACAUGCCAGGCUUCGUCCCUGGUGGCGCGCCACAAGGUCCCGUGUCCGCCUAUGGCCAACCAGGUCAAGUUGACGCAUCCGGCGGAGCGAGUGCUGGCCCUCGCAACAUGGUUGCACAGGAGGUGAAUGGGAUGGUAUAUUACGUGGAUGCAUCCCAGAUGCCCUCGGUACCAACCUAUCCGGGAUAUGCCCAAGCACCAGCACCGCAAGGCGGAUACAUGUCCAGUAUGGGCAGCAUGGUCACGCCGGCACCUGCUGAAGGAUACUACUAUGGAGGGCAACCUGGCAUGAUGUACUAUCCGCAGUAA